AUGGAGCUCAUGGGGGCACAGUUCUUUUUACACUCCAUCUUCAUCAAAAUUAUCAUCUCCAUGACCAUGGCGUUCCCUAGAUUGUUUUUUCUGAUUCUGAUCCAGUUCCUCAUGUUUCAGACUGCUUUAUCAAGUUCUUGGCGGACAUUGAGUGGGAAACCUCCGGUUGUGAUUGCUCGAGGCGGGUUCUCUGGUAUCUUUCCAGAUUCUAGCGAGGAUGCGUAUAAAUUGGUGAAUGUGACAACUUCUUCAGACGUAACGCUAUGGUGUGAUCUUCAACUAACAAAGGAUGGUGUCGGAAUCUGCUUCCCAAACCUGAAUCUUGAAAACGGUUCUAAUGUCGGAAGCGUUUACCCAAACAACAAAGAAAGACUUUCUGUUGAUUUCACUUGGAAGGAGCUCUCUGAUGUGAGAUUGGUCCAGGGUGUUUACUCAAGAACAGAUACUUUCGAUUCCGUUUACCCGAUAUUGCGUAUUGAAAAAGUAGCAAAUAUAGGAACUUCAGGCCUCUGGUUAAACAUUCAGAACAGUGAUUUCUACACGCAACGCAAUUUGAGUAUGAGAAACUCUGUUGUCUCGCUGUCAAGACGCCUGAAACUCAACUUCAUAUCUUCUCCAGAGAUCAGUUUCCUGGAGAGCAUCAAAAAGGAUGUCAAACGGAAAGUGACAAAGCUCAUAUUUAGGUUUCUGGAUCAAGACCAGAUAGAUCCCUUCACCAACCAAUCUUACGGCUCUCAUGCCAAGAACCUAAGUUAUAUAAGAACGUUUUCUUCUGGAAUUCUUGUUCCAAAAUCUUACAUAUGGCCUGUAGGUUCAGAUCUUUACCUGCAUCCCCACACGUCGCUUGUCAAAGAUGCUCACAAAGAAGGUUUACGAGUUUUCGCUUCGGGUUUUGCCAAUGAUUUUGUGUUUGCGUAUAACUACAGCUAUGAUCCAACAAAGGAGUACAUGUCUUUCAUUGACAAUGGAAAAUUCUCCGUUGAUGGUUUCUUAUCAGACUUUCCCGUCACUCCAUAUCGAGCCAUCAAGUGCUUCUCUCCUUUGGACAAGAAAAAAGCUAAGAAGCAAGUUAAUAUAAGUAUUGUUUCGCUGAACGGAGCGAGUGGAGAUUUCCCUGGCUGUACUGACUUGGCGUAUCAGAGAGCUGUGAGCGACGGGGUUGAUAUUCUUGAUUGCAAUGUCCAGAUGUCCAAGGACAAGAUCCCUUUUUGCUUGAGCUACAUAGAUCUUUUGAACAGCACUGAUGUCUCUGAGACAAGCUUUAGAAAUCUGUCAUCAGUAGUUUCAGAGAUUCAGCAGCAAAGUGGAAUCUUCACUUUCAGCCUGACCAUGUCUCAGAUACAAACCUUGAAGCCUGCUAUUUCGGAUCCUUGGAAAAAGUAUUUUUUGCUCAGAAACCCAAGAAACGGUAGACUUGGAAAGUUUCUUACAUUAUCCGAGUUCUUGAUUCUUCCAAACCGUUACAGCUCUCUCUCAGGCAUCUUGAUAAAAGUUGAGAACGCAGCGUAUUUAGCAGAACAUCAAGGAAUCAGCGUGGUGGAUGCUGUAUUAGAUGAACUGAAGAAAGCUACUACUCAAGAAAGCCAGGCAAGUGAAAGAAAAAUCUUGAUCCAGUCCACAGAUAAGUCUGUCUUGAUGAAGUUCAAGGAGAAGAAGCAAAUGAAACACGAGGAGCUGGUCUAUAGUGUCGAUGAAAACAUCCGUGAUGUCACAGAUUCAGCAAUCAAAGACAUCAUGGGUUUCGCAGGCUCGAUUGUCAUCACUAAGAGAUCGGAGAUUCCUUACAUUGAUGGGUUAGUCACGCAUAAGCAGACAGGUGUUGUUCACAGGCUCCAAUCAAGCGGGCUUCGUGUUUACGUGGAGACAUUUAGCAACGAGUUUGUAAGUCAAUCGUACGACUUCUUCGCGGAUCCAACGGUGGAGAUAGACACCUUUAUCCGAGGUAUCAAUAUCGAUGGCAUCAUCACUGACUUCCCUGCAACCACUGCAAGAUACAGAAAGAACCAAUGUUACAGCAAACUGGGUCUGUUUGAUACCGGUGGUCUCAUAAAGUUUGGGAAUCCAUGGCUGAUUCCACCAGCUGAAGCUCCAUAUCCAUCACUAGUUGACUCAGAUGUCACGGAACCGCCACUGCCUGAAGUGAGUAGUCCUCCUUCUCCUGCUUCUCGGCCUCCUGCUUCCAAGCCAUCACAUGCAGAGGCAAAAGCAAUAGAAGCUUCCUUUGCGGUUAUAAUAACCAUGUCGGAAGAUACAUAUAACACACAUACAUACAGAAUGAAACCGAAUUGCUUGUUCUGUUGUAUGUCCGAGAGACGAUUUACCAGACGAUCAUCAUCGAGACAAAGCAUCAAAGACUGCAUUGAUGCAAAGAACAAUCUUGCUAGAUUUGACAACAUCUCUUUUAAAACAGAUAGCAGUAGGCGAAGAUACAUAUCCGAGGAGAUAGCAAAGCUCGGGAAAGGGAACAUCAGUGCUCACAUCUUUACAUUCAGAGAGCUCUGCGUCGCCACCAAGAACUUUAACCCCGAGAAUCAGCUCGGUGAAGGCGGUUUUGGAAGGGUUUACAAAGGCCAGAUAGAGACCACAGAGAAAGUUGUUGCGGUUAAGCAGCUAGACAGGAAUGGUUACCAAGGGAACAGAGAGUUUCUUGUGGAAGUCAUGAUGUUGAGUCUCUUACAUCAUCAAAACCUUGUCAAUUUGGUCGGAUAUUGCGCAGACGGCGAUCAACGGAUUCUUGUCUAUGAAUAUAUGCAAAACGGGUCUUUAGAGGAUCAUCUUCUUGAAUUGGCGCGGAACAAGACGAAGCCGUUGGAUUGGGACACAAGGAUGAAAGUUGCAGCAGGAGCAGCGAGAGGGCUUGAGUAUCUUCACGAAACAGCUGAGCCUCCUGUGAUCUACAGAGAUUUCAAGGCCUCUAAUAUAUUGCUUGACGAAGAAUUCAACCCAAAGCUUUCGGAUUUCGGUUUAGCCAAAGUCGGUCCGACCGGUGGAGAGACUCAUGUGUCGACGAGAUUUACGUUAAUGGCGGAUCCUUUGCUUGAAGGAAAGUACCCGAUAAAGGGAUUGUAUCAAGCGCUUGCAGUCGCAGCGAUGUGUCUUCAAGAAGAAGCAGGGACGAGGCCAAUGAUGAGCGAUGUAGUCACUGCGCUCGAGUACUUAGCUAUGACCAAAGGCGAAGAAGAUGGAGAAGAUGUAGAAGGGGAAUAA